CGUACGAUGGACUGGCUAUGUCGUGUCCUGACACUUGUGACCUUUUUUAUCAUUGGUCCCAACGCUAAUUGUUCAUUGGAUAGAAAUUGCUCAGAUUCCCAAUCGACAACUGUUUCUACUGUGAAGGUACCUAGAACUACAGCGCCAGAUGUCGAUAAAGAUAUCAGCUCAGUAUGGUCAACUUACCAAGUAGCGUUCUUCUUUGGAGCCUUCGUAUUGAUUCUAGGCGUCUUGUGUGUGAUUGUUAUAAAAAGAAAAGCAAGAUAUAGUCAACAUUCUCGCCAACAAGAUCGCCAGUGUGGAUUAAUGACCGCUGCUAUUUACGACAUUGUAACACAGAGCCAACGUACUAAUGCAGGAGCAGGCGGAAGUCCAGAAAUAGUAGUGCAUCCGGUGAAACCGCCAAGCUAUGACGAAGCCACAAAGGAUUCUGAACAUCCAGAGUGCCCGCCGCCAUCAUACAGAGAAAGUCUGAGACAAUCUUUUAAUGAGUAUCCGGAACAUUUUUGUCGUAACAUUAAAUACUAGGAGGGUGCAAUAAAAUUUGUACAUUUAUAUCUUUUUAUUUAAUUUUUGGGGUUGGAUUAUGUUAAUCUCCCAUGGCAAUAUUUAUAUAUUUUUGAAAUUUAUACAUUUUAACUGCUAAAGCUAGUUUUCCAAACGUAAACCUGAAUUUAAAAAAGUAAUGAUUUAAGUGCAAGAAUGUGUGCUAAAUUAAAUUUACCAUUUCACGUUAUACUUUAUUGUAUGGUCUUGUUCGUUGUGCAAGUGUAUUUUCGACAGAAGAAGUAAACUGGCAAUCAUUUUGUUUGUAUGAAUGUGUUUGCAAUGAAGGAAUCAAGCAUUAACAGUUGUUUAAUUAAGUAAAAAUAAUAUUUACGUUACUGUAUGUUGGUGUGUGAAUGUCUUGGCUUAGUGUGCUUGUUGUUUGAAGGUUUUUCUUCUGUCCGAGGAGUAAAAUUAGCUUAAUGUUGCUGCUAGUAUGCCAAAACUGUUUAAUCUUAAGCUCAAGGUAUUUUCUGUGAUUAUGUGUAUAUCAACGUACCCAAAAUGAUAUUCCUUUUGUUGUAUGAUAUUGAAUGGCACUCACGAUUUGUAUUGAAUUAACAUUCAUGAUAUCCAUAUUUUAUUUUUUAUGACUGUUGUGAAAAAUAUAUAGAAAUGUAUACAUCAUUAUACAUGUAUAUCCUUAUGCAUCGGGGUUUUUUUUUGUUAUUAUAUACAAACAAUUAAUAUCAUUCAUUAUUUUUUAAUAAAAGUUAUUGAAUUCA